AUGUUGCUGGCAAAAUUCUUCGACGGUGCUCAUUGUGACGUAGGAGUGCCAAACGCAAAAUCAUUCGAGAAUCUCUUGCUGGCUGUCGUCCAGUCUGGCGAUCUUCGUGUUGCGAUUGACUAUGCUGCAGACGUUAGUAUCCAACGCAGUCACGACCACGUCUGUCGAUCCCAAGCCGAGCAGAAAAGGAGUGCUUUUAUUGCUGGUAUCGAGCAAAUGAGUCCUUUACUAGUUGUAGCAGUGAAUUCUCGUUCACCUAUUGGUUCUUUUGAGAUCGCAAUGGAACUUACAUGUACAGAUAGCAACCCCGUCGUCGUGGUGCUACACUCAAUGAACGCUAGUGGAUGUUUCCCAAAGUUGGAAGAUGCCAAAAAGAAAAUUGAGUCGAUCGUGUUAUUCGAGGCGAAGCGAUCUCCAGAAGAAGAAAUCCAGAUUCAAGCAUUCCGUCAUUUACUCGCAGUAGCAAACCAAACACGUCACAACAGAGAGCGAAGUUUCAUGGACUCAGUCAUCAACCGCAAACUAGUUUUGACGGAACGAAAAGUGGCUGUCGUGUUCGAGAAAAUCGGCUUCUUCUUCUCCUCCACAGAGUUGCAGGAGGUUGUGAGCUACCUGAAACGUGUCCAAGACAAUUAUUCUCGAGCGCAUAAUCAUCGAAUGGACGAUCUGCCGAGUUUGUCGAUGCUGACGCCAACGUCAACUGGACUUUUCACGCUGCCAUUUAUGAAAACGCUGCUGGUUUCCUCGACAAUGAUGAGCGAUAACGGCGGACUUAAUUCACCGUGGCGGUUCGUCUGUGUACUCGUUGACUACGAUUUCCAACUCGUUGAUUUCGUUCAUGACGGCUGUCCUGUUACAAAACGAGGAGGCUUUUCGUACCGUAAAGGCCAGUCCAUCUAUAACUGUAUCGUGGAUCGAUUAUACCUUCGUCUCACGGCUUUAUCGAACAAAGUAUUCGCAGGCUCAAAUUUUACGCGAACUUUGUCAAAAGUGCGUAUCCAGCUGGAAAAUAUGGAAGAGUGUCAAAUUUUGGGAUUGCUUGACACGAAACCUCAUGCAAACUGUCGAUGGUUUACUCUGGCAGCGGUGUAUCGGUCCGAGAAAAACAAUCAAUGGCAACUUCAGGCUAUCGGAAGGUGUGGAAAUGCCACGUCAAUCUACGCUAGUAUCGAUGAGCUAAACGCUUUACUCGUGGAGAUGAGAAUGAUCCAGACCAACAUUCGUCAAGACUGCGAAGAAAUUGUUCAUCGCCUGGCAAAGAACAUUCGAUUCGGUCGAAAUGGCCGCAUCGUGUUGGCUCCGAUGGUGGGAAAUGGUGACAAACCGAGCUUGCGAAUAGCGCUAAAGUUGCAGGAAAUGGAGAGUGAAAUCGACGUGUACACACACCGCAACGUUGCCAACCGCACCUUACCGACGAUUCAGUCGGUUUAUCGCUCACUACUGCGUAUUUUAUCCCAACACGAAAUCAAGGAAUGUCUACAACAAAACUUCUUCGCUCCGCAGAAUCGAAAAGUGAAGCGACAUGUCGAACGUCGAGUCGUGAGUGCUCAAACAAAUGUUCCUGUUGAAAAUUUGCAUGUUUUUAUCGAAAGGAACGUCUCGCUGGGCUCGAAUCUAGCGAAGACUGUGCUCCCGAUGCUAAUGAUGGGGUCUCGGCUCAUGUCCAUUCGACGUCGCUUGCUAAAGAAACGUGUCACUGAGAUCACACGAGGGGUAGCACAAGCUUUUGUCCCUGACUGUUUCGCUAAUGCGCUAAAGCGAGUAACGAUCGCCACGAGUUUGAAUGUCAAAUUGAUAUCUGUCGUUCGUGCGCGUGCACUUUUAAGGCGAGUUAUGCGUCAACGAUACGAGAGAAUCAAAAACUGCAUACUUGAAUGUGCUCGGAAGAGGGAACAGGCUCGAGAAUACUCCCAGAGCUUCCCGGUUCGACUGCAAAAGCUCUUUGCAAACUCGUUGGUAUUGUCAAUUUCUGAGCGUGAUUUACUACAAAACUUAACGAGAGAAGAACUGGCAGAACUCGAUCUUAUGCUGCGUGGAGUGUCUGUACCAUCUAAGGAGAAGACAGUACUGGACGAACGUCUCCUGCUUGAGAAACUUCGGAUGAAAUUAUUACUCGUGACGGAUAGCGACGGGCGAGCGAAUUGUCGUCUCGUGCCGGGAAGUUAUUCGCUGUACGUCUUCCAUCUCGACUACUUCGAUGGUCCAGCGACAGCGACGUCGUCAGUGCAGGAGAUCGUGAUUCCGCUGGACGUGUAUCGAUGGACUUAUUCUCUGCAACUUGUGGAUUAUUUCCAUCCUCACGUCAACGUCAAACUUGCAGGCAUCGCGCUCCAAAUCACAAAUAAUUGCAGCUUAGAAAGACAAGUUGCUGUCACCGACGCCAAUGGCUACGCCACUUGGGAUGUCAGUAAAGGGUUGUACGCUGUCGCCGUGUUGCGUGAAUGCAGACAAUUGCCAUGCCUGUGCUGCUCGGUGGCGUCAAAGUGA